AUGCCAUUAAAGUUUGUGCUUAGCCAAAAAGGCAAACUUUUGUUGAUUUAUAACGGAUAUAUUUAUAGUGUUCAUCGUAAAAAUAUUGGUGAUGUUGCUUGGCGAUGUGUAAAUUACAGAUCUUCAUUUUGUCUUGGUCGUAUUCAUACCACAUCUAUGAAGCGAAGUGUCACUUCAGAAGCUCCACAUAAUCAUUUGGAUAAUCCAGAAAAGGUUGAAGUCAGAAAAGCAGUAGAGAAAUUAAAAAAAGCAAGCAAAAAAAGUGAUGACAGUACCAGCAAUAUUGUUUCAUCUGUUCUUCACAAUAUAUCAUUUUCAGCAGCUGCAGAAUUACCUAGCACUUCGAGUCUUUGUCGCACUGUACAAAGAACAAGAGCUCGGGAAAAUAUUCAAUUUUCUACUCCAAAAAGUUUGGAAGGUUGGGUGCUACCGGGAAAAUUAAGACAAACUCUGAAAGGUGAUAACUUUUAA